GGCGGCUACAAACCAUCUCAUCAUCGCCUGGCUCUUUCUCGAUCUCAAGAUGCUCAACCUCCCAAAAUCUUCGCUCUCUCUCGCUCAGCGUGUGUAAUUCUCUUCGUGCCCCUUAUUUACUCUUUGCCUCUUCUCCAUAAAAUUUCUCGGAAAAUUUGGUCUUUUUGAUGUGCUGCAUCAUACUCUCACAUUCUCCACUAAUUUUCUCAGAAACCCAGUUCGCAAACUCAAAUCUCCCAAUAAAACAAAUUUAUAAACCAUCCGAAAAUGUGGAGAAGUUUAUCCAGACAAACCCAUUUGAAAAAGUUAAAAUUUUCGUCCGAACCCCCUUCUUUUUUACCUCCUUAUAGCUCCGCAAUACUUCCUCAAGAUUCAAGGUUUUCCGAGAAAACUGGGACCCAAAGCCAUGUUGGUUUUUCUUACCCUGUAGUGGGUUUUCGAAGAAUCGGUGUAUUAUUUUCUGGGAAAGAUGAAAUGGGUAGGCUUGCGUCUCUGAGUAAUCCUUCUAGUCUUUUUGGGUUCUGUAAUUAUCCGAAGGGUUAUGCGAGUAUUGCCGAGGCCAUUGCUUCGACUGAAGAAGAAGAUAGUGACGAAAUACAGGAAUUGGUAGAGCAGAUGAACAAAGAAAGCAAGGUGAAGUCCAAUUUCCAGCAAGCCAAUCAGCCUAAAUUGGUGAAUGGAAUUGGGCAGGGAAAGUACUAUGCGCUUCGGAGGCGGCAGGUUAAGAUGGAGACAGAGGCAUGGGAAGAGGCAGCCAAGGAGUACCAGGAGCUUCUGGUGGACAUGUGUGAGCAAAAGCUUGCACCCAAUUUGCCUUACAUGAAGUCUUUGUUCCUCGGAUGGUUCGAGCCUAUACGGGAUGCCAUUGUGGCAGAGCAGAACUUGUGCAAGGAAGGGAAGAACCGGGCUGCAUAUGCCCCGUAUUUUGAUCAGUUGCCAGCUGAUAUGAUGACUGUUAUUACAAUGCACAAGUUGAUGGGAUUAUUGAUGAGUGGUGGUGGACAAGGCGGUGCCAGGGUGGUUCCAGCUGCUUGCCAGAUUGGUGAAGCCAUUGAGCAGGAGGUUAGGAUACACAGGUUUUUGGAGAAGACAAAUAAAAAGAAUGCAUCAAUUAUCAUUUCUGAAGAAGGAUCUGAAUCAUCUGAUCCUGUAGCUAAAGCGAAACAGAAACUUGAAGAGCAACAGAAACUAAGGAAAAAAGUUAACAUUUUGAUGAAAAAGAAAAAAAUGCAGCAAGUAAGAGGGAUAGUGAAAGAACAGGAUGAUUCAAAGCCCUGGGGCCAGGAUGCUCAAGUCAAGGUUGGUUGCCGUUUGAUUCAGUUAAUGAUGGAAAAAGCUUAUAUACAACCUCCAGUUGAUCAAAUAGGAGAUGGUCCACCUGAUAUACGCCCUGCAUUUAUACACACUCUUAAAACUGUCGCCAAGGAAUCAAAGAAUUUCAGCAGGAGAUAUGGGGUUAUUGAAUGUGACCCUCUAGUUCGAAAAGGAAUGGAAAGAACUGCUAGACACAUGGUGAUUCCAUACAUGCCAAUGUUGGUGCCUCCACUAAACUGGACAGGGUAUGAUAGAGGAGCACAUUUGUUCUUGCCAUCCUAUGUGAUGCGCACGCAUGGAGCAAGACAACAACGUGAUGCAGUUAAAAGGACUCCAAAGAGACAAUUAGAACCUGUUUUUAAGGCCCUUGAUACACUUGGCAGUACCAAAUGGAGGGUUAAUAAAAGGGUACUUGGUAUCAUAGACAGAAUAUGGGCUAGUGGAGGUGGUCUUGCAGACUUAGUUGAGCGUGAAGAUGUUCCUUAUCCAGAGGAACCAGACACAGAAGAUGAAGCAGAAAUCAGGAAAUGGAAAUGGAAAGUUAGAGCUGUGAAGAAAGAGAACAUUGAGAGGCAUUCACAUCGGUGUGGCACAGAACUCAAACUUGCUGUUGCGCGAAAAAUGAAGGAUGAGGAUGGCUUCUACUACCCACACAACCUUGAUUUCCGUGGCCGUGCAUACCCCAUGCAUCCAUAUCUGAACCAUCUUGGAUCUGAUCUGUGCCGAGGUGCCCUGGAAUUUGCUGAGGGGCGCCCUCUUGGCAAGUCAGGCUUACGAUGGCUGAAGAUACAUUUGGCAAAUCUAUAUGGCGGUGGAGUGGACAAGUUUUCCUAUGAGGGUCGAAUAGCGUUUACUGAGAAUCACCUGGAUGAUAUCUUUGAUUCUGCAGACAGGCCUCUUGAAGGAACGCGCUGGUGGUUGGGUGCAGAGGAUCCUUUCCAGUGCUUAGCGACAUGUAUUAAUUUGGCUGAGGCAUUGAGAAGCUCCUCUCCGGAGACUACUAUUUCACAUAUGCCUGUGCAUCAGGAUGGUUCAUGCAAUGGCUUACAACACUAUGCUGCCCUUGGAAGGGACAAGUUAGGAGCAGCUGCAGUCAAUCUUGUUGCAGGAGAGAAGCCUGCAGAUGUCUAUUCAGGAAUUGCUGCUAGAGUUCUUGAUAUCAUGCGGAGAGAUGCAGAGAAAGAUCCUGCAACUGAUCCUAAUGUAUUACGUGCCAGGCUAUUAAUCAAUCAGGUGGACAGGAAAUUGGUUAAGCAAACAGUGAUGACAUCAGUAUACGGUGUCACUUAUGUUGGUGCCCGUGACCAAAUCAGCAAGAGGCUCAAGGAACGUUGUGCUAUUGAUGAUAGUCAGCUGUUUGGCGCAUCUUGUUAUACAGCAAAAAUCACCUUGACUGCCUUGGGAGAAAUGUUUGAAUCUGCACGAAGUAUCAUGGGUUGGCUUGGUGACUGUGCAAAGGUUAUAGCUACGGAGAAUCAAUCAGUAAGGUGGACUACUCCCCUUGGACUUCCUGUUGUACAACCGUACCACAAAUUAGGAAGGCAUAUUAUCAAGACAUCUCUUCAGGUGUUGACACUACAACGAGAAACUGAUAAGGUCUUGGUUAAGCGGCAGAAAUCAGCAUUUCCUCCAAAUUUUGUUCACUCACUUGAUGGUUCCCACAUGAUGAUGACUGCUAUCGCCUGUAAAGAAGCAGGCUUAAAUUUUGCAGGAGUCCAUGAUUCAUACUGGACACAUGCAUGUGAUGUUGACAAAAUGAAUGGGAUACUCCGAGAAAAGUUUGUCGAACUCUAUGAGGCACCCAUUCUUGAGAAUUUGUUAGAGAGCUUUCAGAAGUCCUUCCCUACAUUGAAGUUCCCUCCCUUACCAGAGCGAGGGGACUUUGAUUUAAAAGAGGUGGUGGAGUCUACCUACUUCUUCAAUUAACUUGAGAAGAUGCUUCAUUUUAGCAGUUGUGUUGCAUCUCCGCCUCCGUCAUUCAAUGACCAAGUGAAUGCAAUAUUUGUAUUCUUUGAUUCAAUGGCAAUAUAAAUGGCAAAUCCUCCAUCGCUAUAUAUAUUAGUAAAGGUGAAAGAGAGAAGGGAAUCCAACUUAGAAAGUUGCUGCCCUCCAUUUUGUACAUAAGUAGAAAUAUGUGUUCAACGGUUCAACCAUUAGAUACUGGUUAUUCCCUUUCAAAUCUGCAUAUUGCGGACUCAGUUCCAUGCUCUGGGCUAUAUUCUAGUCGAUAGGGUUUGAGAUGAUAGGGGUGGCCCUCGUUUGGUGCAACGCCCUUGCAGCAGGAAAAGACAGUUGUAAUGCACAAGAUGUGGCAGCAGCCGGAACAGUAAAUAGAGGAAAAUGAAGUUUCAGCAGCUAGUCAAUUGAUUGAAGCACUGCAGCCAUUGUGGACUUGUUCAAGAAAACUGCAGAGAGAGAGAGAGAGAUAGCAAAGUAGAUGUUGGCUUGUGUUCUUGUAAUACUUCAUUUUUACCUUUGUACCAUUUGUUUAGCGGGACGUGGACAUUUUGUUUAGGGAUUUGUUGAGGCUUUUCUAUUUCCUACUACAAUAUUUGUUUGGAUGUCCUGAAUUAAUAAAAUAAAAUUUUAUAGUGA